AUGGUGUCGGGGUUUGUUAGACUCGCCAUUUAUGUGGAUGAUAUAAAUCUCAUCAGGACUCCAGAAGAGUUUCAAAAGACAAUCGAAUAUCUAAAGAAAGAAUUCGAAAUGAAAGAUCUUGAAAAGACAAAACUUUAUCUUGGUCUGCAAAUUGAACAUUUAGCAGACGGAGUAUUCAUUUACCAAACUGCUUAUACCCAGAAGGUAUUGAAACUAUUUUACAUGGACAAAGCAUAUCCAUUAAGUACUCGAAUGGUUGUUCGAUUACUUGAAGUAAGUAAAGAUCUUUUCCAACCUCUGAAAGACGGUGAAGAGAUUCUUGAUCCUGAAGUACCAUAUCUUAGUGCUAUUGGUGCAUUUAUGUACCUCGCUAAUGCUACAAGGCCAGAUAUAGCAUUUUCUGUUAAUUUGCUAGCGAGUUGCUUCAUCGAUGUGGGAGUUGAGCAAAGGCAAAAAGUAUUCACUUGCACUAAUAAAACUCUUGAUGGAAUUAGCAUGAUAGAGGGCUGGUUACAUGCUGCUAGAUCAGAUCUUUGCCAGGCCAAAGCAUUUGCUACUUCCUUAGCUUAUAUAAAGUUAUUCCAGGACUACUAA